UGCAGUAUGAAGAGGAUGUGAGGACAAAGAUUGCACCUAAGCGAACACAAACGCCUAUUGACGACGGGUAACUGUCUAAUAAAAUUAGUGUUUACCCUUUCCUAAAUUUGUCAAACCAAUGAACGCGCGAAAGUUCCAGAAUUUCAUUCGCCGAGUAGUAUUUCCUAGCUAGCUAUGUUUUAUAGACAGUAUGAAGUGACUGUCUUGUAGCAGCGACAAUGCUCAGGCCUGUCAUAACCGGCUUUUUCAGAUUUUCUUCGUCACAUCAAUGACUAUGGACGUCAGAGCAGUUCUGGAGUUUGCCACAGUCACCAGGGGUCUGUCACUGUUGUUGCAGGCUGUCUUCAAUGCUGUCAUCCCUGACCAUGAUGCUGAUGCGUUCAGGCCCCCACGGACAGAGGAGCCUCUGUACUUGGAUUCUGCAGUAGACUGGUUGUUGGGCGGCCUCUCUCACUGGGAUGCAGAGCAUUACCUCUUCAUCGCUGAGAAGGGAUACCUUUAUGAGCACAACUUUGCUUUCUUCCCCCUCUUGCCUGUCAUCCUCCGAGGCCUGGCAGAGACGCUGCUGUGGCCCUUGAGCAGCUGGCUGAGCGUGCGGGGGCGUCUGCUGGUGGCUGUGGCUCUUGGGAACAGUGCCCUCUUCCUGUUGAGCGUUGUCGCCCUGUAUGCGCUCAGUAGGAUAGUUCUUCAGGACAGACGUCUUGCUCUGCUCUCCAGCCUGCUCUACUGCAUCACACCUGCCAACGUUUUCAUGACCGCUGGAUACUCAGAGAGCCUGUUUGCUGCACUCACAUUUGGUGGUUUGUUCCUCCUGGAGAAAGGAUUCACCUUCCGAGCCUGCCUGGCUCUGAGUAUAGCCACUGCAGCUCGAUCUAAUGGACUUGUUAACAUAGGAUUUCUGCUGUACCUUCCAUCACUGCACGCUAUUUCCCAGAUUCGUGUAUAUCGAACAACGACAAAAGGCCACAGUAAAGUCUUCCACUACAUUUGGGCCAUCAUCCGUCUUCUGCUCACCUCCCUCUUGGGAACUGCAAUUAUUGCCCUUCCCUUCUGUGCUUUCCAAUACUAUGGGUAUAGGACGUUUUGCACACCAUCUGUCUCCUUGGAGCGGAUCCCCCCUGCUCUUCUGUCGCUGGCUGAACUAAAGGGCUACCGGGUUCCGGAUGAAAAUGGUCCACCGCCCCUCUGGUGCAUGAGACCUCUUCCCCUGCUUUAUUCUCAUAUCCAGGAUGUUUAUUGGGAUGUGGGCUUCCUUCGCUACUUUGAGCUGAAGCAGAUUCCAAACUUCAUUCUGGCUCUACCUAUGGCCAACCUCGGCAUAAUGGCAGCUUAUGCAUAUUUUCAAGCCAAUCCAGAACUGUGUCUAAGACUCGGACUUUGGGAGACAGGGGCAAGUCUUGACAAACCCACACCGGGAUUGUUCAACCCCAGAGUGUUUGUGUAUGUUGUACAUUCAACGGUGCUUCUGGUAUUUGGAACAUUGUGCAUGCAUGUGCAGGUUCUAACCAGAUUCAUGGCCUCCUCAUCUCCCAUGCCCUUCUGGAUAAGUGCUCACCUGCUCCUCCUCAAUGAACCACUUCUUCAUCGAAGGAAAACAUCCAAUCCUAAUGUACAGCUACAGACUCAUUCCAGAAAUGGAUGCCAGCACACACCUCAAAACCCCAUCGUUGCACUGCUGCCACACUUCAGAAGCUGUUCUCCUACCACACAGAGCAUCCUCGGAUACUUCCUCUCUUACUGGGUGCUGGGCCUGGCGCUGCAUUGUAACUUCUUGCCAUGGACAUGACUUAAGACAUUACUCUGAGCUUUAAAUGCAAUAUCUCUACGUAGGACUGGGCUGUAUACCAUAUUUAAAUAGUAUGAGCACACACUGUUUUUACAGUACAUCACAAAUCGUCAAGUAAUUGUUAAAUAGUUCAUUACAAAGAAAAUAAUUGUAUACAUGAAUGCAACAUGUUGUCACAUUUUAUAAAAACAAUAUAUGAAUCACUAACUUGUGUUUGGGUAAAUAAAUCCAAUGCAAAGAAAAGGUAAAAUACUUAUUUUAUAAUUAUGAUGCCCAGUCCUACAUAGAACUUAAGAUGAUUACAUUUCUGAAGCCGAUUUAUUGAUGCAAUAGGCAACUGUUUGUAACAGUUAGAGAACAGACACAAAUGUACAAUAUUACUGAAACUGUAUUGAACACUGUUUAGUUGUACAUAUUGGGAAGACUAUAGUUGUACUUGAAAAAGAAAUGUUUUAUUUAUUUCUUGCUCUUUAACUUAAUAUUGCACUGCAUGUUUGGAACAAUGAUUCCAAGUUAUAGUUUGGGAUUUUUGGAUAUGAAUGAAACAAAUAAAGGUUUUUGUUGCUUUAAAA